AUGGAUGCCACCCCUGCGCUGCUGGCCAAUUACCGCUUGGUCUCGGAUGCUUCCCGUUUCGAAUACGAACAGCAGCACCCUAGAAACAGAUCCAGAAAUGCUUCCCCUGCAGAAAUCCACUCAUCACCACUUUCCCUACCCAUCGCAGAAUCUCCAAGACCAAUCCACGAUAUCCCCUUUCUGAAUCCCGGCUCUAGUGCGUACGAAAUGAGAGACGACCUCUAUGAUUUUUACGCUCGGCCCUCGCAUGCCUCACUGCGUGGUGGUGCUUCCACUCCAUACCCUGGUCCAUCAAUUCAUAAUCAACUUGAGAAUCCUCCAUUACCUCCCAAGGAUACGAGGUCACCAUACAUCGCUCGACGCCACCUGCAAGCUGUCAACGAUGAUUUGCCUGCCAUUCAAGACACUAGAGAAUAUUUGGGCAUGCUGCUGCGACAAAUACCAGGACACGAACGAGGUAUAGUUGCUCCACCCCGUCACCAAUAUGAUCAGGAGGAGCUCUUGCUAGCGAGAUUCAUGAACAUGCCGCUUUUCCGCUCCAGAUAUGCUGAAGACUUUGACCCGGGCCAUGUAAGCAACUACAUCUUCACUGCCAACAACGUCAUUGACUUCUUUCAGAUUGCAUUUGGGGUGAUCAUCACCACCAUUGCCAGUGUGUUGACUUCUAUCGACAAUCGAAUUGACGGCGGCUUCUACCGCUAUUUCAUAGCCGUUGGAGUCAUUGUUCUUGUCGUUGCACUUUUGUUCAUCUCGAAAACGAUCAAUUUCGAACGAAGAAAAGGUGUGUUCUACUGUGUGGUAUCAUGUAUUCUCACUGCUGUUGCGCUCAUUCUUUCAAUCACAUCAAUCGCUACCAACAACAAUUGUGCCACCCAACAAAUCUGUCAGAUGCGGAAGGUGCUUGCCACUUUCUCUAUUCUCUCUUUUAUUCUCUGGAUAUGUACCUUGAUGGUGUUCCUCACCACUUUCUAUAUCGCCAAGUUGAUAUUGAAUGACAGAAUCAAUCUUGACUACAACACUCCUCCGGAACCCCGGAUGUCACACGAUGCCCCUAUUGUGGAGAAACUGCGCCCUUCCACCUAUUACAAAGAAGACUCGACCAUUGGAUACCAAACUGAUGCUGAUUUGGACGACUUGAGGUUUUCACGAAGCAUGCACAACUUGCCCCGUUACACGCUAGACGAAAAUGGCAAAAUGUAUCCUUUAGAGAGAUCCCAAGACCUUCGUGGAACAAAGCCCUUGAUCGUCUAUGCUCCUGAAGAACUUUUAUUCUAG